CUCUGUGCAGGAAUUAAUGAGAGGUUCUUCAGCCAAAGCUCAUGUACUCUAUGCUCCAGUGGAAGAAAUGGUGAUGAUGGUCGACUUCUCUCUGCAUGUCAAGUCAUUAUUGAUGCAUUUAAUGAAGCUGGACUUGUGCUUGAGAAAGAUGCUACACAGAAGUUGAAGUUGCAUGCCACUGUGAUGAAUGCAAGGCAUCGGAAAAGCAAGAGUAGGACAAGAGAGCUUGUUCGUUUGAUGCACGGGGAUUUUCAAGCAAUAUGGAUCUGCGGAAUGGAGAGAGUAUAUUAUCCCCGAAGCUCAUCUUUCACAGAGAUUUGUAUUUGAUGAAAGUGGCUAUUAUCAUUGCUGUGCUUCAAUACCUUUUCCUGAAAACACCAAAGCAAACUGAUCCAUUUAAGUUGAAGAUUAACAACUUAGUUCCCUUUGAGUAGAAAACACUUGCCACUAGUGUUAUAUAAGAUCGUUCUCUUGUGAUGAAGCCUACUAGCGUAUUUUCGGCUUUUGCUUCCAAAUUUCUAAUUUUUCCCUCUUUUUUAGGUUCCCGAAAUAAGAUUUGCUGCUAUAAUUUCUUAGAUACUGAUGAUCUUGAGUAUCUAUUAGUAAAGUAAAUACUUGUAACAGUUGAAAAGUGCAUGGUUAAUGGAUAGAUUUUAAACUUUCAUGGUGAAAUCAAUUUCUUGCUUUGCAGAAAAUUGCUGCAUCUGGUUGUUGAAGUACUUUGUUGUUACAUGAGAUUGUGAACUUGAAAUUAUUGU